AUGACUAGCACUGAACUUGUAACCCUCCCAGAACAAACAUCUGUUGGGGCAUCUCCCGUGAAAUCAUCUAUGGUGGACAAACAGGUUCCGGCUUCUGAAUCAUAUGAGAACGCAGAUACGGAGUGUCGAAAAAUUCCUUAUAAUCAAAAAGUGGAUCAAAAUUUGAGACGGGAGCUAUCCUCUUGCACUAAAGGUGGUGAUGGUAAGGUCAAUAAGGCGUUUAAUAUUCAGAUUCCUGAACUCUCUUUAGAAGCAAUUCUGACAGGAUCUAGUGAAGUUACGGCACAGAAUAUAGUUGAUCUAUUUAGAGUAGCAAUGAAGCUUAGACGUAAGGAGAUUUUAUGCUGGUAUUGUUACUAUAAAGCAUAUGAGGAUCGAGUCAGGGACGUUAAGUCUAAGAAUGGUGUUGAUGACAAAUCAGCAAGAACAUUG